AUGCGUAUUGUGACUAGCCCUUACCAAUUGCAGGCUUUACAAACAGUCUGCCUGCGGGGUACCAAGAUCCAUAAAAGAUGCUACUUAGCCUUCGAAGAAACCAAGCACUUCCAUGAAGCCAACGAGGACUGUAUAGCCAAAGGGGGAACUUUGGCGACACCUAGAGACGGAGAUCAGAACAGCGCCCUUCGGGAUUAUGGAAAAAAGAGCCUCCCAGGGGCUGCGGAUUUCUGGUUGGGCAUCAACGAUAUGGUCAACGAGGGCAAAUACGUGGACGUGAAUGGCAUCGCUAUAACUUAUUUUAAUUGGGAGCGCCCGCCCAGUGGAGGCAAGCGUAAAAACUGUGCCCUUCUCACCCAGGCGUCCCAAGGAAAAUGGGUCGAUGAAGUGUGUCGUAGCUUAAAGAAAUACAUCUGUGAAUUUAUCAUUCCGUAGGGGACACGU